UUAACACACCGUAGAAUCCUCGCGUCGUCGUCUUCGUGGCUCAUUUCUGAACUUCAUGAGCGCUGAGCUUCGACGCUCACUGCCAAUCCUCAGCUGCUGUCGCAUAAAUCCAUGGAUCAUCACUCAUUGCAUCCACUUCAGCCAAAAUGUCACCCAACUUAAACGAACCCACGUCCUUCUCAUCAAAUCUCCUCCCCAACCCCAUCUUCUCCGCCGUCUCUUUCCCAAGUUACUCACCCGGCUGCAACAGUUUCCGGCUGACAAUCUCUUUNNNNAACGUCACCAUUUUGGCCAAUCCAUGUCUUUGUUUUCCAGGAUGCACCAGGCAGGCGUGCCGGAAUCGGCCUUCACCUUCUCGUCAGUGCUCUCCGCUGAAGGAAGACAAGUUCACGCAAGGGUGGCACGGUUGGGUUUCUUGAGCAACAAGAUUGUGAUAACUUUGCUGAUGGAUAUGUAUGCCAAAUGUGGAUUCAUACGGGAUGCUAGGAAUGUGUUUGUUGCAAUAGAUGAUAAGGAUAUCAUUGCUUGGACUUCCAUGAUCCGUGGGUAUACCAAGAUGGGAAUGAUGGGUGAUGCGCAGGAGUUAUUUGAUCAAAUGGAGCAGCAGAAUUCAUUUUCUUGGGCAACUAUGGUGGCUGGUUAUGCCAACUGCGGUAACAUGAAAGCUGCUAGGCAAUUUUAUGAUGAAAUGCCAGAGAGGAAUCCGGUUUCGAAGCUUGCUUUGAUAGCUGGUUAUGGGAGGUGCGGAGAUGUAGUAGAGGCCAAAAGGAUCUUCAAUGGAAUACAAAUAUCAAUACCAUAUGCAUCGUGCUGUGCAGCAAUGGUGGCUUGCUAUUCUCAAAAUGGGUAUGCAAAAGAGGCCAUUGAAGUGUAUGAGAAAAUGAAAGAAGAAAAUUUGGAAACCAACGAGGUAGCAUUUGUAGGAGCAAUUUCAGCUUGUGUUCAACUUGGCGGUGUCGAGAUGGCGAGCAAAUUACUAGACCAAGUGGAAGAGGGAUGCUGUGAUCGGACUCUGUUCGUCUCCAACGCACUGAUCCACAUGCAUUCAAAAUUUGGCAAUAUCGAACGGGCACAGGAAGAAUUCUACAGAAUGAAGGAUACAGAUGUGGUCACUUAUAGUACGUUGAUCACAGCCCUGGCUGACCAUGGAAAAGCCAUGGAAGCCAUGGAUCUCUUCUCCAGAAUGCAAGAAGAAGGUAUAAAGCCAAACCAGGUAUGUUUCACUGGCGUACUAAAUGCAUGUGGACAUGCAGGGAUGAUUGAACAAGGAUGCAAGUAUUUUCAACUUAUGAAUAAGGUUUUCGGGAUUGAGCCACUAAAGGAGCAUUAUGCCUGCAUGGUUGAUCUACUAGGAAGAGCAGGUGAGGUUGAAAUGGCAUACAGUCUUAUCAAGGAUAGGGUGAGGGAAAUUGAUGCAAUUUGGGGGUAAUUGCUAGGAGCUUGCAAGAUCCAUGGUAACGUGGAGUUGGGUGAGAUUGCUGCUAGGCAUCUAUUUGGGAUGGAGCCAGAGAAUACAGGAAAUUAUGUGCUUUUGGCAAAUACAUAUGCUCAAAGGAAGGAAUGGGAUGAAGCAGAGAGGGUUAGGAACAUGGUUGAAAGAGGAAUCAGAAAAUCUCCGGGGUACAGUUGGAUUUCAAGUUCUACAUGAAUAGGGACUUGCAUUCUUCUCCUAAACUAAUUCUUGAUAUGUAAAAGUAAUUAAAGAGUGUAAUAUAAGGAGAUGUGUUCUUCUAUUUGUAAUAGCAGAACUCUAAUUGUUAUUUCAUACCAAGAACAAAUGAUUCUACUGGCUACUAGCUAAGUCCAGG